AUGAAGCUCUCCAUCUACGUCCCUCUGGCUACCUUCCUGGCCUUCUUCGCUGCCGCCGAGCCAACAGAGGCCCCAGACUCAUUGUCUCCAAGCCAAUGUCUUAAUCAAUGUUUAACUGAGGCGGCAAUUGUAUCUGGCUGUAUUUCACAGUACGAUUCUGAUUGUACCUGCCCAAGUAAUGCAUUUCGGAAUGCGCUGAGUACUUGCUUAAAUGAUGCUUGUACAGAAGCAGACAUUGCAGAUGCGAAGCAGUUACAUGUGGAACGGUGUGGAACGGAGCCGGCGUGA